AGGAAGUGGAGAUCUCCACCCUCCAGCCUCCCCCUGACACUUCUCAUAAAUAUUACCAAGGCUUAUUUGAGGAACUCGCACCACAAAGUCACAUCGUGUCCUGGUUUUAAAAAGCUUUCACCUGUCAGAAUAUCCGAAAUUAGAUUUUUCUCUUUUCACACCGCUUUGGCACCGUCAGAUGCGCUCCACGCUGUGCGUUUCCAACUCGAACUUUAUGCACCGGCUGUUGCUCCCUGAGUUGGAGGGCUGCUGUCGCAGUUAACCGGUCCGCUGCAGUCCGGUUCUCCCACCGUACAGGGACCCUGCACAUCGGAGACAAGCAUUGUCUCAUACAAUGUCCAAUCGUGUGUCCUAAUUUGGGUUUGUCUAUCGGAGAUCUACUCUGUCAAGUUGGACGACUCGGAACAUUGACUUGCCGAUCUCAUCGCCGCUAGAGACUUGAAGGAAAGUGCAACGGGUAACGAGUUUGAUCUUUUUUUUGCCAUCGAGGAGAAGAAGAAAAAGAGGACAUUUUCCAUUCUCAACUUUGUUAUUAAGUCGAGAGUCCAUGAUGAGCAAACCCGCCGGAUCAACAAGUGGAUGUCUGGAUAUUCUGAAUGUCAAAUCAAGUAGGAUUCUGGACAUCCCAUGCAAAGUGUGCGGCGACCGCAGCUCGGGGAAACACUACGGUGUUUACGCCUGUGACGGCUGCUCGGGAUUCUUCAAGAGAAGCAUCCGCAGAAACAGGACCUACGUCUGUAAAUCUGGCUCUCAGGGUGGCUGUCCUGUAGACAAAACUCACAGAAACCAGUGCCGAGCAUGCCGUUUGAAAAAGUGUCUAGAAGUGAACAUGAAUAAAGACGCCGUUCAACACGAGAGGGGGCCCCGAACGUCCACAAUCCGCAAACAGGUCGCCCUAUAUUUCCGGGGUCACAAAGACGUCCACGGAUCAUCGACCCAUUUCCAGGGAUCCUCACUGCCCGGCCCCCCCUUCUUCACCACGGUCACGCAACUGGAACCUCACAACCUGGAGAUGAGUGGAGUAGCCACCACACCGGAAAGACAGGCCAUCGUGGGUCUGGCACAACCCACCCCAAAGUAUCCCCAUGAAGUCAGCGGCACACCCAUGUACCUCUACGAGGUGGCGACGGAGUCUGUGUGCGAGUCGGCGGCGCGCCUCCUUUUCAUGAGCAUCAAGUGGGCAAAGAGUGUUCCCGCAUUCUCCACCCUCCCUUUAUCUGACCAGCUGAUUCUGUUGGAGGACGCUUGGAGAGAAUUAUUUGUUCUUGGCAUCGCGCAGUGGGCCAUUCCUGUGGACUCGACGACUCUUCUUGCUGUUUCUGGUAUGAACACCGAAAACACAGAGUCUCAGCGGAUGAAUAAGAUCAUGUCUGAGAUCCAAGCACUUCAAGAGGUGGUCACCAGAUUCAGACAGAUGCGUCUCGAUGCAACAGAGUUCGCCUGUUUGAAGUGCAUUGUGACAUUUAAAGCUGUUCCGACGCAUGGCAACACUGAGUUAAGAAGUUUUCGCAACGCCAGCGCCAUCGCUGCACUACAAGACGAGGCCCAGCUCACUCUGAACAGUUACAUACACACCAGGUACCCGACUCAGCCGUGUCGCUUCGGGAAGUUGCUCCUGCUCCUACCAGCGCUCCGUUCGGUGGGCCCGUCCACCAUAGAGGAGGUGUUCUUCAAGAAGACCAUCGGCAACGUGCCCAUCACCAGGCUCCUCUCCGACAUGUACAAGUCCAGCGAUAUAUGAAUCAUCUCCAUCUGAAAAAGACUUGAGCUGAAGGCCCAGAGAUCCACCCAGCAGUCGACAGAAUGUCAAAUCAUAGCAGGUGUAACCGUGGGUUGAAAUAUUGCUGAGCACAAAAUCUCGUAGGCUGUCUUUAAAUAGCCCAUUUAGGCCUAGGCUCCUUUUGAAACAAAGACUGCAACGCAACCAGAAUUCACCAAGUAGCCUGUUAACAGUUGCUCUAGUUAUAGCCUGUAACUUUCAUUAUAGAUUCGCCUGUGUGAUACUGAAUCACUACAACCUCUGGUGUGGGCACCGUGUUUAAAUAUCGCCUGAACACUCUGGAGAGCAGCUGCCUAUUAUGUCUGACAAAGAAAUGCUAUAUAUUAAGACGUUUUUCGAGUGUCUGUGCGACCAAUGAGCUUGACAACCAAUUCAGUUUUUUUUUAUUGCUGUGAUCAAUCCCAAUGGAGGAAACCAAAAAAAAAGAAAAAAGAUGACUCAUGUGUAAUUGGGGGAUGUAAAUCGCUGUCCCUCGAUCUGGUGCUGAAACCAAACGCACGGAAGAGGUGCCAACUCCAUGAAGAAAAAGAGUGGAAAAGCCUCUUAAAGCUGAUGCUUGCAUUGCUUGUGGACUUUAAACUACAUUCAUCUGAAGAUGGUGUUUGCAUUUAAGUGGUAUACUGUCCUGUUUGUGUUGCUGUGUCCCGUUUGAGGGUGUCUUAGGUCGACUUUAUGAAGUUAGGCACUAACACUGGAUAAAACAAUAUUCAGCACUUGGAAA